GGCGGGCCAUGUCGGCGUUAGAGUGGUUCGCGUAUAAGCCCCUGGGCGGCGGUAUCUUUUGGAUCCAGGAGCGCUUCUACGAGUCGGGCAACCGGGCCAACAUCUGGCUGGUGCGGGGCUCGCAGCGAGACGUGGUGAUCGACGCGGGGCUGGGGCUGCGCAGCCUGCCCGACUACCUACGCGACGCUGGGCUGCUGGAGCCGGCCGAGAGCGCUGGGCCGCGGCCGCUGCUGGCCGUAGCCACUCACGUCCACUUCGACCACUCGGGCGGGCUGCAGCACUUCGAGGAGGUGGCGGUGCACACUGCCGAGGCAGCGGCGCUGCAGCAAGGCGACAACUACGAGGCCGUGACGUGGCUGUCAGACCGAGAGGUGGCACGGCCGCCGCGGCCCGGCUGGAGCGCCCGGCAGUUCCGCGUCCCGCCCGUCCGGCCCAGCCGCCUGCUGCAGGAGGGGGAUGUGAUCAGCCUCGGAGAUCGACAGCUCAUUGUCAUGCACAUGCCUGGUCAUUCACGAGGCAGUAUUUGCUUACAUGACAAGGACAGGAAGAUUUUGUUCAGUGGAGAUGUGGUGUAUGAUGGAUCUAUGAUCGAUUGGCUUCCCUACAGCAGAAUCAGUGACUAUGUUGUAAGCUGCCAGCGCCUGAUGGAGUUAGUAGACAGAGGUCUUGUGGAGAAGGUACUACCUGGGCACUUUAACAUAUUUGGAGCAGAAAGGCUGUAUCGGUUAGCUUCCAACUACAUUUCCCAUGCUGGACUUUGUCACAAGAUUUCUACCUGUGCUAUGAGAUCCAUUGCAAGCAUAGCACUUCGUGUUGCAAAUUCAAGAAUCACUUCUCAGUGACAGUCAGUUUUGUGUGAUCUGUCACCUGCUGUAAAACCAAAUGGGUUGUGAAAGCAUCAAUAACAAGCAGAAGCAGUAUGUGUUAGUAAAAAAUGGCAAAUUGAUACAGGUGAGCGUCAAAAACUCUCCCUGUUUUUUCCUACUUUAUUCAUAUUUUUAUAAAAACUCCAUAAACUAGUAGCAUUAGCCAAAGCUACAGUUUUUCUUUCUGCUUUUUCAGAGCAUGUUUGUACAUAUAUUGCAAUUGAAAUGUAUCAUUUUAUUUUUGUUACAACUCUGGCAGAUUAAUA